CUUGCCAAUCACCGCCCGCUUUCUAUCGACCGAUGGGGCCUGUAGCCAAUAGGAAUAGGUGAUCCCAAGAGGCUAGGAAUGAGGAGGAGGGGCUGGCGAAACUUGGAGGUGUGACUAGCACUACCGAGGCGUGGUCACAGAGUAAGCUCCUCCUCGGGUUGCCGAACCCCAAAGUAGAACUGAUGGGCGGGAUUAAGAUAGAACCAACAGCCAAACACAUACUUCUGAGAGAAGGCACGACCAAUUGGACAGGGGUAGUGAGGAGGGGCGUUGCGGAGAAUUUUAGCCAAUAAAGAGUAGAGAACGGCGGGGACUGUAGAACGUCUUCCAAUGAGAAGUGCGAAGGGCGUGCCUUGCCUCUUUCACUGGAGCGGGAGUAGGGUUCGCCCAAACCUCCCGGAGCCGACCAAUGAGAUCGGAGGAGGGGCCAAGCUCAGCCAACCAGCAAGCCGAAUUUAUCUAGGCACCGUUACUGGGGCGGGGCGUAGAGCUCCUGGCCACUAAGAUCUCGUCAGGGGCAGGCUCCCGAGCCUUCCAAUGCGGGACGUGGGCGAACUCUAGUUCUCCCAAUCGGUGCGCAGCGCUGGCAAUUCAAACUGACAGCCUGUUGGAAAGGCAGAGAGGGGAAGAGGGAGCAAAAAGCGACGUGUUCAGUGGCAGAGACACCAACGCCGACGGAGCCCCCAAAGCGACCUCUGCCCCGCCCCACCAACACCACUGGAGCGGCCGCUCGGGAAAGAUUUGAGGGGACGUUGGGGGGCACGAAGGAAAGCUGAGGGGAGGGAGUCGCUAGAGGAACGACGCGAGAGCCCGCACGCUGAGGGCUGGGGACUGCCAGGAGAGAAGUGAAGCGGGCGGCCCGCGAAAGAGCAGAGCUGAGGAGGGUCGCGGGAGGAUUAAGGAGCACCCGGGAUUGCCCGGUGGGAAAAGCUGAGUGGAUUUCUGAAUCCUGGGGAGAGGAGAAAGAUUUCCAAAGAGGACGCGUGGGUAGGGACGCUUAGCCAGCGAUCCGUGAGAGAAAUUGGAGCGCUCCGAGGGAGAGGCUUAAGGGGGAAGCUUUAGAUAAAAGAGCCUGUACGGGAGAAGCUAAGGGAAUUGCAAAAGGAGCAGGAGCUAAAGAGUACAGGAUCCUUCAGACUGGAGAAAGGGAAAACUAGAGAAGUGCCCGAGGCACCUUGCAGCCUGCCUCCUCCCCACUUCAAACUCCUCUCCCUUCCCCGAAAGUUAAAGAGAAAGCCAAGGCUGCUGCUUCUCCCCUGUUUCUACUCAAUAAAUACUACUUUUACCCUCCCACGGGAAAACAGAAAAGAACUCAUUUCCUUCUCAAUUUUCGGGCUUAGAAAAGAUCGAGGCAUCGCAAUUUGAUUUUUAGCUUGGGAGAAUCAAACUAGGGAGGGUAUUGCUCUAUUUUCAAAGUCCCUCACCUCAUCCUUCCCCGGACGCCAUGUCUACGAGCAGCUGUAGUUUCAAUGACCGGCGCGUGUCCAUCCUGUGUUGCAAAUUCUGUAAACAAGUGCUCAGCUCUAGGGGAAUGAAGGCUGUUUUGCUGGCUGACACUGAAAUAGACCUUUUCUCUACAGACAUCCCUCCUACCAAUGCAGUGGACUUCAUUGGAAGAUGCUAUUUCACUGAAAUUUGCAAAUGUAAACUGAAGGACAUCGCAUGUCUAAAAUGUGGGAACAUUGUAGGUUAUCAUGUGAUUGUUCCAUGUUGUUCCUGCCUUCUUUCCUGCAACAAUGGACACUUUUGGAUGUUUCACAGCCAGGCAGUUUAUGGUAUUAACAGACUAGACUCUACUGCUGAACUCUGACUGAUACAGAAAGCAAGCAGAGAGACCAAACAGCAGGCUGCUGUAGUAGCCCAUGGAAUAGAGGAAGAUUUGGGACAUAUUUGAAAGAGCUCACAGGACUCUGAUGGACUGGAAGUGAGUAUGAGAGAAAGUGAGGAAGAUAUGAAGGACGGAAUCAAGAAUGACUCCAAGGUUUUGUGAUCUCAAUUACUGAGAUGAGGAAGAACAAAUUCAGAGAGAAAACUAGAGUUUGAUUUUUAAUAUGACUAUUAGAUAUCAAUCAGGCAGUUAGAUAUAGGCUUCUGGUGUUUGGGGGAAGAGGUGUGGGCUGCAGAUAUAAAUUUGAGAGCUAUUUACCUAUAAAAACAUUUAAAGGCAUGAGACUUGAUGCUAUGGAGGGAGUAAGU